GUCUCCUAGACUUCUCCUCGAGAAGACUCCAGCCUGCCGGAGAUGGCUCAGCACCCCCUGUGGAUCUGGUUCCUUUGCCUGCAAACCUGGUCUGAAGCAGCAGGAAGAGGCGCAGAUUCAUCCGUGGUGUAUGGGAUUCUUGGGGAGUCGGUUACUUUCCCCUUAAACAUUCAAGAGCCACAGAAAGUUAAGAACAUUGCCUGGACUUCUGAAUCAUCCGUUGCUUUUGUAAAACCAGGACUCCAAGGAGCACCACCUGAUGUUACUGUGACCCAGGUCAUUUAUGAAGGACGACUAGAUGUCAUAGCUCAGAACUAUGACCUAGUCAUUAGAGACCUGAGGAUGGAGGAUGCGGGAACUUACAAAGCAGACAUAAAUGAAGAGAAUAUCCCCACCACCACGAAGCACUACCACCUCCGUAUCUACUCUCGGCUUGGAAAACCAAAAAUUACACAGAGUUUAAAAACAUCUGCAAACAAUUUUUGUAAUGUCACACUGACUUGCUCUGUGGAGAAAGAAGAAAAGAAUGUGACAUACAGUUGGAGUCCCUCAGGAGAGAAAAGCAAUGUCCUUCAAAUCUUCGAGUCCCCCAAGGAUCAAAACUUGACUUACACAUGUACAGCCCAGAACCCUGUCAGCAACAGCUCUGACUCUGUCACUACCCAGCAACUCUGCACAGACAAUCCAAGUGACCACCUUCGCCCUCGUAUGUUGCUAAGUGGACUGGCGGCUCUCCUGCUUAUUCUCAUUCCAUUUUCAGUAUUUCUGUUGUAUUGGUACAAGAGAAGACAAAAGAGGAUUGACCUGGAAGGUGAUGUCUCAAAGGGAACAAUAUAUGCCCAAAUUUCAAGAAGUGAUCAUCCCACAGAGUCAAGAAUCUAUGAUGAAAUCCCUGAGUCCAAGGUGAUGACCCACAAAGAAAAGCCAAUGCACACCAUUUACUGCUCAGUGCAGCUUUCUGAGAAGGUGCAGAAAAACAGCACAAAGGAUGACAGCCCUCCCAAGACUCUGGGUAAUGAAAUUGUCUAGGUGAGCAGGCAGAAUUCUCCCACUGAGAACCGAAGUUACAACCAGCGAUAGGGCAGGUGUCCUGGAGACCUAGACCUUCUUUGGCUAUCCCUUAUCAGGACAUUGCAAAUCACCAUAUCCAAACACACAAGCAGAGCAGGAAACCUGUUGGUGGGCACUGAUGGUACCCAGAUGGACUUAUGGACACUUGCCCUUACUUACCAAAUCCUUUCUAUGUGAACGGCAAGAAAUACCCUAAUAUGGUGCCUCCCAAGCUUUAUAACAUCAUGGAUCAUAUGAAGUUAUUUUUAUGGCACACUGGAUGAAAUCAUCAAGGUUGCUCAUGUUUAAAGAAGACUGGAGAUAGCUGGAGGAUUCUCAUGUCUAGAUAUAGCAUCACCAUCCAACAGCUGUGGGGAGAUACCACUCAGUAUUUUGGACACCUGGAACACACCAUAGCAUACCAGCUAGAUGUUCUGUGCAGAUGCCACAUGUGUAAAGAACCCUGAUGCAAGGCCUCCACCAGUUGCUACAGACCUUAAGCAACUUAGGAAAGACAUCCUUGGAAGAUAAGUAAUCCCUCACUUGAAUGCAUGGUAUGGAAAGCCAAGUGUAGGCUACAUGGCAACCCCUACUCAUUCCUCAACUCAGGAACCAUUAUUCAGGACACAACUGUCACUAUUUUUUAGCCCAAAUAUAGGUGGCUAUGCUACCUGGAAAGCUGUGAGUUGUGGCCCUAAGUCAGGCAGAUACAUUCUCUAAGUGUAGCAUUAUAAUAUAUUCUUUCUGUAAGGACUAAGACUGCUGGAGAUCUUCAGAAGCCUCAUAAGAUUUCUUUUCUGGCCAGGCUUUCUUUCCCUGUAUAUUACUUCAGUCAGCCUCAGCAAGAAGACACCAUGCCCAAGAGCCUUACUCACCAAAAAGAAUUGGCCAACUACAUUUCUGACGCCCUGGGAGAAGUGGGUGCAACCAAGCCAUCAAAACAAGAGAUCUUGAAGAUCGCAGUCAUCCACGUAUUGGGGAACCUGAGAGGUGACAGUACAGCUGCUGAAACUGGGUUCCUCCCGGCUCCUGUGUUUCAGCCAGCUCAGAGAGGCAUAGGGUUCAAGCUAGGAUUGAGUUCCUUCACCCCAGCACCCCUACACACUCAAAAGCAGCUAACUAGCCAUGAGGAAGAAUCCUCUAGCUGGACAGGACAGCAUGUGAUCAUUUGAGGACAUUGUGAUCUUUUGCGUCAAUCUUUACCAGCUAAAUCUCCAAUGCCCAUGAACAAUCCCAGACUGCACAGCAGGAAUGAGCUGUAUUUAGGUAUAAUAAAAUUGUGUGUCUCACAAGGGUCUUGGGCAUUUGAAAAUGUGAGAGGUACUGCUAAAUUGUCCUCUGAAAAGGUUAAAUUGACUUUUAUUUCCAAUAAGUGUGCUGGUGUCCAUAUAUCUUUGCUCUGCCUAUCUGACAGGGGAAUUUUUCUCCUGUAUUCUAACCAUUUGUAAGUGAAAUGCAGCUCAUGCCCAAAUGCUUAUUGAUGACUGUAUUCAUUCUGUGUUGAAAAUCUGUUGAUACCGUCAGGUCCCAAAGAAACCUGGGACAAAUGGAUAACUGAGGUUCUAUUAACAUACCAAAGAGCACACUGGCCAGGCUCACUCAGUACCUGUGACUCCUCUCUACUCUUCUCAUCCCUCCCCCUAGCCUAACUCUCUUCAGUCCAGGAGUACCACUUCCCUUCCCCCAGCCUCUGAUUCCUAUAUAACCCAGCCAUUUGGCAAUUGCUCUCUCUUGGUUAUUCUCUCUGUGGGUCUGUCUCUCUGUAGCUCUCUGUCUCUGUCUCUGUCUCUCCCUCUCUGUCUCUCUGUCUCUCUCUGUCUCUGUCUCUCUCUCUCUCUCUUUCCUUCCUACUCUCUUGGUCCCCUUGGCCCUCUCUCUUCUCUCUUUUCUUCCUCUCUCACUCUACCCUUCAUUCUCUCCUUUCAUGGUCUGGUCUAUUCUGCUGGUUAUGUUCAAUCUGCUACUUUUUCUCUCUGCUCUGAACUCUUCCAGAUGCCUCUAGAUGUACUCUCCCUCAUGUCACAAUAAAAACUUCUCUCCUUCUCCUCAACCAUGCCUAGGAGCAAUCAUGUCCUCAUGUUCAUUCAAUACCUUCUGUUCAUUUCCCUAUUUGUUUGUUUACAAAGUGUUCUCUUGUAAGAAUUCUCACUAUAUGGAGGAGACAGCAUUCAGAAUGCUUGAAAUUGUCCAAGAACAAAUUUAAUAAAAAGCUUUAAAAAGUAAAAAGAAGAAGAACAAGAAGAAGAGGAGGCUGAAGAGGGGGAGGAGGGGAG